AUGCCGUUAAUCAUAGUCUCCGGCCUCCCGACGUCGGGCAAAACCCACCGCGCAAAACAGCUCCAAGCGCACCUCGCAAAACGCAUCGCCGCCGCCGCAGCGGACUCUUCGUCCUCGAGCAAGCAAGCGCCCUAUAGACUCCACUACAUCUCCGACUCGACGCUGUCCAUCUCGCGAGACGUGUACGACCUCGACCCGGACAAGGUGCGCGCGCACACGCGCUCGGCCAACGCCUCGGAGAAGGACGCCCGCGCGGCGGUCUACGGCGCCGUCAAGCGCGUGCUCACGGACCGCGACAUUGUGAUCCUGGACGGGCUGAACUACAUCAAGGGAUGGCGGUACCAGCUGCACUGCGAAUCGAAAGCCGUGAGAACGCCGAGCGUGGUGUUGCAGAUCGGAUGCGGGGUUGACAGGGCGAGGGGAAUUAAUGAGGAGAGACUGAGGAGGAGGGAGGAAGCUGCAGCGACAUCGUCAGCAGCCGCAGCAGGUUCAGAGGUGGAAGCCAAGGCCGACGACGAUGCGAGCGGAGAGAACGAGGAGGUGGAGGAGCAGCCUUACGACAAGGAGAACUGGGAGAACCUCGUCUUCCGCUACGAGGAGCCGAACCCGAUGACGAGGUGGGACAGCCCGCUGUUCACGCUCAUCUGGGACGACGACGAGACACAGGCGGGCAAGGUGUUUGACGACAUCUGGGACGCGAUCGCGGGGACGGGGAGGAAAGUGGUGAAGCCGAACCAGGCUACUGUCCAGCGCAGCCGUGACGCGGGAGGGGAUUACCUGUACGUGCUCGACCGCGAGACGCAGGACGUGGUGAAGAAGAUCCUGGAGGGGCAGGGGGACGAGGAGGGCGGCGAGGUGAAGAUCCCCCGCGGCGGUGGUAGCGGCAGCGGCGAGGAUCUGGUUGUGCAGCUUCCGGGGCGCAAGGUCGGGCUGCCGCAGCUGCAGAGGCUGAGGAGGGCCUUUGUCGGGUUGAAUCGUGGGGGUAUCGGGCUUGAGGGUGUCGGGAACUUUAGCUCGGACAGGAUGAGGGAGAGUUUUGUCGGGUAUCUCAAUGAUAGCUUCGAGAAGGAGGGGUGA